AUAAGUUGAGAAAUGGCAUUUCCAGUUCCAGGGAUUAUUUGAUUUUCCUCUGCCGCUCUGCCUCUGCUCGGCCGCCGCUGUUCUAUAAUCGCCGAUCAUCAGAGGAAGAUCAUUAGAAGAAGAGAUGGGUUUAUUGUCACUGUUGGAGGUGGCUUUAAUGCCCAAUUUACAAGUCCUCAUCAUCUGCUUAGUUGGAGCCUUUCUGGCCACUGAUUACUGCCACCUUCUUCCCGCUCAUGCUCGAACCUCUCUCAACAAGAUUGUGUUCACAGUGUUCACUCCUUGUCUCAUGUUUGCAAAUUUGGCCAAGACGGUGACGUUUGAAGACAUUGUUUCAUGGUGGUUCAUGCCAGUGAAUAUUGGGUUUACCUUUCUAUUUGGAGGGAUUUUGGGAUGGAUAGUUGUUAAGAUAUUGAAGCCUAAGCCAUAUCUUGAAGGCCUUAUCAUUGCAGCCUCUUCUGCUGGGAACUUGGGCAACCUUCUUCUCAUCAUCAUCCCUGCCAUUUGUAAUGAGGAUGGCAGCCCUUUCGGUAACGGUGAUACCUGUACUUCUCUCGGGCUCUCGUACGCUUCCUUCUCUAUGGCGCUAGGCGGGUUUUACCUGUGGACUCACACUUUUCACCUUGUGAAAACGUCGUCUUUGCGAAUGAAAGCACUUGAAGCACCGGAGGAGCACGUGAAAGCACCCAACCACACCUCCAAUGGCGACUUGCAAACUCGACUUCUCCACGAACAAUGUGGAGAAGAAGAAGGCCUUCCUGUUUCAGUCUCAUCAAGGGAAUCCCAACAAUCUGUGGCCAUCUUAGAGAAACGGGAAUCAUCGUCCAUUUGGGCUAAAACAUUUGAAUUUUUGCAUAGCAUUGUUGAAGAGUUAAUGGCCCCUCCAUCGUUAGGAGCGAUUGUGGGGUUCAUUUUUGGAGCGGUGACAUGGCUUAGGAACUUCGUAAUUGGAGAUAAUGCUCCGUUACGUGUGAUACAAGAUUCUGUUCAACUACUCGGAGAUGGGACAAUCCCGUGCACCAUGCUGAUACUCGGCGGCAACCUGAUUCAAGGGCUAAGGUCGUCAGCAGUGAAGCCGACAACGAUCAUCGGAGUGAUUGUGGUUCGGUACUUUGCACUGCCUGCAAUAGGGAUAUUGGUUGUGAAAGGAGCAAACUCGCUAGGAUUUCUGCCGCCGGAUCCUCUUUACCACUUCUUGUUGAUGGUUCAAUACACCACGCCGCCGGCCAUGUCCAUCGGCACAAUGACUCAGUUGUUCGGCGUUGGUCAAGAGGAAUGCUCUGUUAUCAUGCUAUGGACUUAUUUGGCAGCCGCUCUUGCUCUUGCUGUUUGGUCUGCAGUCUUCAUGUGGAUUUUGGCUUGAUAUAUAUAUAUAUAUAUAUUUUUUUUUUUG